UGCUAGAGCUUGCAGUUGCUCAAACUCCCCGCAGGAACUCCUGGGUAUUUUUUCCCAACCGUUUCGGCAUUUGAGCACAAUGACAUUCAUGCCACGGAGCGAAAACAGGCGAAGCGCCUGCUCCGUUUACCCAACAAUGUGGAGAACAUGCGGUAUUUUUGGCGCAUGGACUCUGCUGUUCUUGACAGAAGUCUGUGCGCAGUCUCAGCGGAGACCUAUCUUCACAUGUGGCGGAAACAUCACUGGGGAAUCUGGAGUGAUCGGGAGCCAGGGGUAUCCAGGAGUUUACCCUCCAAAUACCAAAUGUCUUUGGAGAAUCACCGUUCCUGAAGGCAGGGUGGUUGUUCUGUCAUUCCGAUCCAUUGAUCUGGAGAGCGACAACCUGUGUCGCUAUGACUUUGUGGAUGUCUACAGUGGCCAUGUCAGUGGGCAGAGACUUGGUCGUUUCUGUGGAACGUUCAAGCCAGGAGCCCUUGUUUCCACAGGCAACAAGAUGCUUCUACAGAUGGUAUCCGAUGCCAACACUGCUGGAAGUGGCUUCCUUGCUGUCUUCUCUGCUGCCCACCCUCAUGAGCGAGGAGAUCAGUACUGUGGGGGGCGACUGGUCAAGCCUUCUGGGACUUUCAAAACCCCCAACUGGCCUGAGAGGGACUACCCGGCUGGUGUCACCUGUUCCUGGCAUAUAGUGGCACCAAAGAACCAGAUUAUCGAAGUAAAGUUUGAGAAGUUCGAUGUGGAGCGGGAUAACUACUGCCGCUACGACCAUGUCUCCAUUUUCAACGGGGCGGAAAUAAACGACGCAAAGAGGAUCGGAAAAUACUGUGGAGACAGUCCCCCAGCGCCUGUGUUCUCAGAGGGGAAUCAGCUCUUGAUCCAGUUCCUUUCAGAUCUCAGCCUGACAGCAGAUGGCUUUAUCGGACACUACAAGUUCAGACCAAAGAAAUUCCCCACCACCACCAUACUGCCCACCACCACCCUACAGCCAGUCACAACCAGACCUAUACCUCUGAAGUACUCUGUUGCCCUAUGCCAGCAGAAAUGUAAAAGACGAGGAACACUAGAGAGCAAUUACUGCUCCAGCAAUUUCGUGAUAACUGGGACAGUCAUUACUGCGGUGAUGCGAGGAGGGAGCAUGUAUGCCACGGUCUCCAUCAUCAACGUGUAUAAGGAAGGCAAUCUGGCAAUCCAGCAGGCAGGGAAGACCAUGAGCACCAAGAUUAUUGUCCUGUGCAAAAAGUGCCCGUUUAUUAGAAGAGGCUUGAACUACGUCUUCAUGGGCCAGGUGGAUGAGGAGGGCCGGGGGAAAAUCGCCCCACACCACUUUGUAAUGGCCUUUAAGUCGAAGAACCAGAAAGGACUCAAUGUUCUCAAAAACAAGCAGUGCUGACUUCCUGGAGCGCCGGGAGCGUCUUCUGAGCCGCCCUGCCCGCGGCUCAGCUGUGGAUGGAAACUAUUAAGAGGAAAACAAAUCUCCCUCUCAACAACACCACCAAAGGCCAGAAAAAACAAUCCAAAGUAGAGUUGCCAGAACAACGUAGAAUACGCAUGAUUUAUUCAAUCAAGGGAGUCUCCCAUGUAUUUUUUUUAAUUUCGCUGCAGAUUACCGGUAUACAGUUUUGGAUAACACAAGGCUUUGAGUCAUUCCAGUCUGUUCAUCCAGUCAAAAGAGCAGCCUGUCAGUGUGUUUUUCAAACUGAGAUCAAUGAGCAUAGACAUUAGUCAAUGUUUCCCCCUCUUGCUUUGACAAAUUCCUUUCACACUGUUACCAGGGAUUCAAAUUUUUGCUGGCUGGAGAAAUUUCACUUUUUUUUUUUUGUACACAUCUGUUAUAACAUCCCCUGGUGUUACCUAUACUCACCUAAUUAUUCCAUAAGUCUUUCUUUUUUCUCUACAAAUCUGCAGAAUAAAAUGUGAAAACAUACGGGAUUGAUAUGCUGAAAAAAAUAUUAUACGUGUGGCAAAAUUGUUUCUGAAUUGACAUGCCUGACAAGUAUCCAGAGGGGAUUUAUUGCUGUUUUUGUGAGAGUGUAACAAUCUGCUGUUAGUGUCUUGUGUUGUUUUAAAGGGCAGGGUUAGAAGUUUCAAAUGUGGUCAUUAAAGUGCAAUAUUUAAUGUGUUCAUAAUUCUUUUUAGAGUAAUUUGUCUGACUUUAUGUGAAACUUUAUGAGCUGAUGCCCUUUUACUUGUCACAUAUGCAAAGCAUCACUUUCAGAGCAUGUCAUUCAUUUGCUGACAUUGUCUUCAAGGUAAAAACUUAUUUUCAUAUGCUCAAAUAAAUCUCAUACAACAUCUUCCUCUGCUUCUCUCUCUUUGGGGGAACUUUCACCUACAA